AUGGGCUUAGCAGUGGCCAAGAAGAAGUCUAUUGACACAUCUUGGAGACAGACGGGCGAACGACCUUCCGCAGGAACUGAAGAGCUGGGGUCUGAGCCAAACGAGGCAAUGCAGAUGCACCUUCCAGCGUCCAACGGUCUCAUACUCUUCUACGAGUUACGAGCGGCGCACCCCGCUAGUCAAAUCCCAUACGAGACCUGGCGCAUGACGGUCGAUGGCGGAGGGCAGAACGGUACAGAAAAGGCGCAGCAAGGAACAACUCUUAAACAGGCAGGACAGGCAGAUCUAAUGCGGUUUGUGGAAGAAGUUCGUCGUUUUGGGGGUUGCAACGGGCGAAGGAAGGCCUGUGCCUCGGAGAUUUUGGACCGCUUUUGGGUCGCCAAUGACGUGCGGGGCUUCCUCACCAUCACCACAUUCACUUGUUUUUGUCAAUUCAAGCUCUUAUUUCCAUCCAUUGGUGACAUUCUACUUGCAUGGCCCUGCUCUCGACCAUCCUCUAUGGCGCAGACACCUCCGUGGAACGCAGAGGGACGUACAGUUGUACUCGAGUGUCCUUUUUUCGACACCCUCGUCCUACAAGAAUGA